AUGAGCUUGUUAGUUGAUAGACGGACCAAAGACACCUUUGCUUUGGGGAAACCUAUAAGUAGCAGUAAGCAGCAUCAGACUGCGGUUGCGAUUGUUGGAUAUGAUGAGCCACUAACGGUACUCACUGAGUACCCAAAACCCAGAAUAACGCAUCCACAUGAGCUUAUCAUCAAGAACAAGUCUAUCGGAAUUAAUCCUGUUGACUGGAAGUGCCACCAAUUCAGGUUUGGGAUUUAUCAUUUUCCCUGGAUUAACGGCAGAGAAAGCAGUGGUAUAGUUGAAGAUGCUGGGGAAGAGGUCAGAGAGUUUGAAAAAGGUUCAAAGGUGUUCAUUGUCAGUACAAUGUAUCGUGAUAAUAGAACCAGUACAUUUCAGGAGUAUGUUGCAAUGGACUCGCGUCUUGUUUGGAAACUUCCAGAGAGUAUAGGAUUCAGCCAAGGUGCUGGUAUAGGGGUGGGACUGGUAACUGCCACGGUGAUUUUAUUGGACUCUUUUAGACUUAGUUUGGCUGAGAACUCUCAGCAUGGAAAAACGCUGCUUAUAUGGGGCGGAGCGACUGUCGUGGGUUUAUAUCUGACUCAGCUUGCGAAAUAUCUUGGAUUUAAAGUGAUUGGUAUUGCGAGUCUGCAAAAUCAAGCCUAUUUGCAAGAGCUGGGAGCUCAUACAGUGAUAGAUAGAAACUUGCCAGUUGGGCAAAUUAUUGACAAAGUUUCGAAAGCGACUACUCAUGUGGACUUUGGGGUUGAUUGUGCUUCAAGGGAAAGCACCGAAAAGCUCGUUCAAAUAUUAUCAGAAGUCAACGGCAAGAGCUUAAAAGCUAAGUAUGCUUCCAUUGUUUCAUCUCACGAACCGGCAUCAGAUCUGGUUGAAAAACGAGAAGUGAGAAUAAAAAGAUUCCAUGAGGACAUUGAAUUUGGCCAUCAGAUUGUGAGAGAGACAUCAAAACUUUUUGAAAACGGUAAAAUCAAGGCCGUCAGGACUAAGGUGUUCAGAGGUGGUAUAUGGUCAGUUAUUGAUGCUCUCAAUCUUUUGAAAAGCAAGGGUGCCCAAGCAGAGCGUUAUAUUGUCGAGCUGGACAACUGA